UAUACGCUACAGUUCACAACAUCCAACCAAACCCCAAACAGUGAGGACGCAUCUUGCCCUCCGGAUUUGCGAUUAUUGAAACCAGAACUAACAGCAGAAUGGACACUGUGAACACUUCUCUCGCUGAUUCCACGGAGAUGAGGACUGGAAUAAGCGGUUUAAUGGAAAAAUUUACAGACGAGAGUUCAGGGCACGGCAGGGUCUCCGCGCGUAACUUUGGAGACGCGGGGUCUUUGCGCAGCGGCGCGCCUGGAUCAAGCAACGACGGCCUGGAAGGGCUCUCUUUUCUUGACUUGCCUCUCGGCACCAAAACAUAUACUGAUCAAAUGGACGAUUUCCUGAAAGUAGAAAGCGGACGGUGGAGCGCAAAAACGCUUCAAACGGACGUCUCGGAGAGUGCGUUUAUCAAAGAUGAGAACGAGCAGUCUCUCAUUAUGGAGCCGCCGAACAGCGAUUUCGACCUCGGCUUAAACAUCAGCGCUUUGGGAAGCUGCUACGACCCAGCCCUAAAGAAACGGCAGUGCGAGUUUAUCGAGGACUCUUCGGCUUUGCUCUCGACUCAACCCGCCCAACAGGUGGUCGUGGACAGUUCCUCCAACUUUCAGUUGAACGCGAAUCAACCUGCGUUGGUUUUGCCACCUCAGAGAAGAGUGUCGCCUUCUCUCGGAGGUAUGGUGAAUUUCGACGGAACGAGCGCAGGUGCCGUCCUGUCCAAAACGGACAUUUCCAAAUGGGUUUCACCUGCGGACUCUCCGUUCUGGUUUCCCGCCACAAACGAAGAGCACGCUGGAUACCCUUCACCUGAAGCGUUCAUCUCGCGCUCACAGACCGUUUACACGGCGUUCCCGGGAGUCCCAUCUCAAAGACAGUGUGUUAUAUGCGGAGACGAGGCUUCCGGCUGCCACUAUGGAGUUCUUACCUGCGGAAGCUGCAAGGUGUUUUUCAAGAGAGCUGUCGAGGGUCACCAUAACUACCUGUGUGCGGGACGGAAUGACUGUAUUGUUGAUAAAAUCAGGAGGAAAAACUGCCCUGCAUGUCGUCUUAGAAAGUGCUGCCAAGCAGGGAUGAUGCUUGGAGGCCGCAAGAUGAAGCGGUUUGCGGGUUUGAAGGUCAUGGGGUUGAAUCCAUCACUGAUGUUCCAGGGUCCGUUGUCCCUGUUGUCUGAUGGUCAAACUGUGUCCUCCCUGCCCUGUAUGCCAGCAAUUCGUGAGCUGCAGCUGUCCCCGCAGAUGAUUAGCAUUCUGGAGAGCAUUGAGCCACAGGUGGUUUACUCUGGCUACGACAACUCUCAACCAGAGCUUCCCCACCUUCUCCUAAACAGUCUCAACAGACUCUGCGAGAGGCAGCUGCUCUGGAUUGUCAGAUGGUCCAAGUCUCUUCCAGGUUUUCGCAAUUUGCACAUCAAUGACCAGAUGACGUUAAUCCAGUAUUCUUGGAUGGGUUUAAUGUUGUUCUCCCUGGGUUGGAGGACCUUUCAGAAUGUCACUACCGAUUACUUGUACUUUGCGCCCGAUCUCAUCUUGAACCAGGAUCAGAUGAGGAGGUCUCCGAUCUACGACUUGUGCUUGGCUAUGCAGUUUGUUCCACAAGAAUUUGCCAACUUGCAAGUGACCAAAGAAGAGUUUCUGUGCAUGAAGGCCUUGAUGCUCCUAAACACUGUUCCUCUGGAAGGCUUGAAGAGUCAAACACAGUUUGAUGAAAUGAGACAGAACUACAUCUGUGAGCUGACGAAAGCCAUCCAGCUGAAGGAGAAAGGAGUGGUGGCCAGCUCUCAGAGGUUCUACCACCUGACCAAACUCAUGGAUGCCAUGCAUGAGAUUGCAAAGAAGGUCAAUCUCUACUGUCUGAGCACCUACAUCCAGGCGGAGGCCAUGAAGGUGGAGUUUCCCGAGAUGAUGUCAGAGGUCAUUGCGUCACAGCUGCCAAAAGUGCUGGCGGGAAUGGUCAGACCCCUCAUGUUUCACAAGAAAUGAUCCAGACAGGACGCCUCUGUCUGUGCUGAUUUACAUCUCUGAUAUUUCCAGGAAAUGUGUCUGAGUGUGAUGAAAAGGAAACGCUUAUAUGAAAGGGCAAGGUCAAAUGGUCAAAUUUUUGAUUGUACAUUAACACAGUAUCUGCUCACGCCGCGUCAAACGGAAAAGUACACCAUUACGUAUCUAAUAAAAACGCACCGAUUGCAUUCAGCAACAAUGUUUAGAAGACAAAGAGCUCAAUUGUACAUCGGCUCAGCGUACACUGUAUAAAUAAUGGAUCACUGUAUGAUUUGAUCCAGUCUGAUGCUUGUUUUUAAAUUAGAAUAUUAAAUGUUUUAUCAAGUCAAGAGCCUACAUUUUGAAAGGUUUUUUUUUUUUGAUCAUCUGUCAUUUCCGUCCUGUGGCCUUGAUGGUUUAGCACGCUGAAGGGAGUAUCAGACCAACAUCAGCAGUCAAGGGCACGGAGCGUUCUCAUGUAUUUAAUUGGGAAAGAACACUGGGAUCUUGGCAAUUGCCUCCUUUCCAAAUACUUCUGACGCCGUUUCUCCUCAGAUCUCUGCCGGAACAAAGUGAUUGAUGUCUCAUAUUUAAGCAAAGCUAAAUCGCCAGAAAUAAAUCUAAGACAAGAAGUGGAUCUCGUUUUCUAAACAAAUUUAUUGUCAGAACAAACACGAAUAAAGAAGAAAGAUAACAAAAUAAUUAUCCGUAUAUAAACUUCUGUUCUCAUAUUCGUAAUACAAGUUUGGGAUAAUUCAUUAUGGAGACAAUAAGUAGUACCAUACUGGUGUUGCAGACACUGAAAUUUGGUGUCAUCUUAAACUCCAGAAGGAAUGAUGAAACCCGAACUUCAUGUACAACGAAGCUGCUACAGCUAGACCUGAUUCAUUAAGAUUUGUAAAGGCUGAAUUUUACUUGACAUUCUGCAGUGACCUCGAUGCAAAACACGACAUCAUUCAUUGCCAUCUCUUUAAAUCAGGGAUUUCCAAAUUUUCCAAAUAGGAUAAGGACUAAAUGCGUAUCAGAAAAUAGCAGACAUUUUAAUUAUAAAUAACCGGAACACAGUUGCAUUCCAUUGAUGCACACAAAACUGUUUCGGUGUCCACCAAACAUUUAUGCCUACAUGACUAAUUUCAGUUCUGCAUGUAGAAUUCUAUUUGUCAACAACAUACAUAGAAAAACCAUUUUAAUAACAGCAUAAUAUGAAUAUUAUAACUGAAAAUGUGGAAAUAUGUAUUUAGUUGCGCGACUAAACCUGAUGAUCAUGUUCUCCAGCAUGAUUUAAAGAUGCUCCAAAGAGCUUCAGUGUUAAGCUGGAAAUCGGACCACGUGGUAAAUGUCGCAAUUUACUUGAAAACCUGAACUUAGCUGAUUAGUCGAAAUCAGAAUUUUUUUUUUCUGUACAAAAAUAUGGUUACAGAAUUUUGAGCAUUAAUGACAGUAAAUAAGUACAUUCAUAAUGAAAUAAACCACACACACACACACACAGCAGAGUUUGAGUACUGCUGGACUGAGUUAAACGUGACAGUGAUUCACUGCUCAAAUAGUUACCGCUGAAGUUUAACGUUAUUCUUCUUCGUUUCGAGGCAGUAAGCACUGCGCUAGCCUGUCGUAGCUGAUUUUUCUCAACAGAAUUACAGUAUUCCACCACAUAGUAGACCUAAAAGGAGCGCUUAGUGCAGUACAUCACACCUCUUGAUCUCAGUGUAGGUGAAUUUGGUGUAUAUAGACUCAAGCAGCAAAUAAAAUCAAUUUCAGCAUUUCUUUGGAACCCACUGAUCUAGAAUUACAGCUGAAUUCCGAUAUUUUUCACCCUUGUGCUGCAUCACUGGUUUGUGUACCGUCCAUGAUCUCUUUCAUAUUGGCAUAUUAAUGGCACAGUCCAUUUGCAGAGUCGCCAAGAUUGAUAUAUAUUUAAAGCCCUCGGUCUAAAGUUGAUGUUGACACGGAUACCGCGAGAUGCUUGGCCCCUCCUGGUUGAACGGUUGUCAGAGGAACUCCACGUAAUUUUCAGGAACGAGGCCUGUUCUGCCCUCAAAUGUUGCCUGGAGCCAGCCCGGUUCCACUGAAG